AUUAUUAUUAUUAUUAUUGUUGUUGUUGUUGAUGCAGGCAUUUGCAUGUUUGAGAAUUUUGGAUUUAAGCUACAAUGAAUACAUAACUGAGAUUCCUGAUGUAUCUGGUCUCCCAGAUUUAGAAAAAUUGUCAUUUAAACAUUGUGAGAAUUUAACUAAAAUUCAUGACUCAGUUGGAUAUUUGGGAAGUCUUAAGAUAUUGGAUGCUUCUAGUUGCAAGAAUUUGAAGACUUUUCCACCCAUCAUAUUGACCUCUCUUGAACAACUCAAUCUUUCACAUUGCUCAACUCUAGAGAGUUUCCCAGAAAUAUUGGGAAAGAUGGAAAAUAUAACAGAACUUUAUAUAAUGGGAAGUCCAAUAAAAGAAUUGCCAUUUUCAAUUCAAAACUUUACUCGGCUUCAAAAGUUGGAACUACGAAUCUGUGGAAAGGUUCUAUUACCUAGCUGCAUUGUCAAGUUGCCAGAACUCAGUUUGAUCCAUGUUUCAAAAUGUGAAGGGUUGUGGUUACCUAAACAAUACAAAGGUAAAGAAAUGGUGUUGCAGUCUUCAAAUAUGGAUCGUCUUAUUCUUUCGCACUGCAAUAUAUUCAAUGACUUCCUUCCAGUAGGUCUCAAAUUCUUUUCUAAUGUGAAAGAUUUAGACCUAUCGGGGAAUAACUUCACAACUAUUCAUGAAUGGAUUGAAGAAUGCCACUUUUUGAGGUACCUUAAGGUGGAUAAUUGCAGUCAUCUACAACGAAUUAAUGGGAUUCCAAACAAAUUAGAAAUAUUUUCAGCGAAAGAAUGCACAUCCUUGAAAUGUUUGGACCUCACAGUUCUUCCGGCAUGCACUACAGAAUCUUGCUCUCUAAAGGAACUGAUUUUGGAUGGUUGUGUGUAUCUUCAAGAAAUUAUAAGCCUGCCACAAAACUUGGAUAUUUUCUCUGCCAAAAGCUGCACAUCAUUGACUUCCCAGAGUAUAAACAUGUUGUUGAAUCAGGAAGGGGUAGAGGCUGGAAACAAUAUGUUUUUUUUUCCAGGAAAAAAUAUUCCAGAGUGGUUCACGCCUCGUACAAGUGUGAAGAAGGUUCCCACCUCUAGAGUGGCUACAAAACAAGAAAUCGAAGGGUCACUGUAUUUUCAGUUUCGCAACAAAUUCCCAACAAUUUGUCUCUGUCUUGUUAUUGGACUAGGGAAUGAGCAACCUAUCCAGGUCAAGUUUAGCCUCCAAGUAUUCAUCAAUGGCAAUAAGAAGCGCAUUGGCUGUCAACAAGUUUACGAGUUCAAGAUAGAUACUGAUCAUGUAUUUCUAUUGAAGAUUGAAGAUAAUGAAGACAUAGUGUUUUCAGAUAAUAAGUGGAAUUCUGUUGAGGUUUCAUUUGUUGAUCAUAUUACGAACGACGAGGAACCAAUCAGACAGGUUUCUAGAUAUAGCGGAAUUCAUGUAUUUGAACAAACAAUUGAUCCAGAGGAUAUUCAAUUCAUUGAUGCUUCACAAAGAAUGAUAAACACGAAUUUGAAUCCAAAUUCAAUGGAGGGGGCACACCAAAAAGUAAAGAUCACAGCAGAGAGACCCCAGAAAGACCAAACAAAUGUGUUAUCUUCACCCAUUGUGUCAUCGACCCAACUUCGACCUCCAAUCAUUGAUGCAAAAAUAGUUGGAGGCCCAAAGCCAAUGCUUCCAAAUAAGAUGUCUUCGGAGAAUGUCAUAGAAGAAACUUCAGAGAGGCUUCCAGAGGAAGAAGUUCAUCCUACUUCAAUUCCAAAUGACCCUCUUGUCAUUCAAAUUUGUAGUGAGGGUGAUGAUAUUGAACUGGAAGCAGUAUCCUCUUCUGAAGAAUCUUCUUCAGAGAUUGAAAGUUCUGACUCAGAUGAUCCCUUUGACUGUGUUAGUAAUAGAUUCAAUAUUAGUGCCAAGGAAGCCAUAUCUUCUGGGUCAUGUUCUGGAGAUGCCUCACUUGGAAUAAUUAGAGAGACCAUUAAUGCGUUGGCGUUGUUAAUGGUUAAAGAGUUAUCUGAAGUCUCUUGCGAUCCUGACACACAGUCUAGAUUUCAUCAACUGUUAGAUGUAUUGAGUACAAGUAGCCACCCCAAGAUGAGUGUAGAGCUGAAAGAGGCUAUUGUGGAGUUCCAGAGAAAGGCCUUUUUAUCAAUCCAAGAAUUCCAAUCCACAAUAGAGUCUGUCAACAAACUAAAGGAUUUUGAGAAGCAUCUAGAUGAAAUUAAGCAGGAAACUAUGGCAGGCAAGGGUCGAAGGAAAGACCUCAAAAACUCAAUUAAAAAGGUUUCUUUGGACAUUAAGGCCGAAAAUAGUAGGAUAAAUGAGUCAGAGGCAGAAAUUGUAACUUUAAGGAAACAACUAGAUACCAAAGAAAUGGACCUUGAAAAAUUUGUGUUGAAUCUCAAGAAUCAGGAGGGAACACUCUCAACCUAUUCAACAAGUUAUGCUUCUCUUAAUGAACAUGCUCGAGCACUACUAGAAGAAGUUGAUGAUCUACUUGCUGCGAGCAGUGGGGUAAAACAUGAAGGUGAAGCUGCCAAACUGAAGCAAAGUAGGCUCAAGGCAACAUGGUCUAUGGAUCUAACCACCCAGUUCAAUAAGAUUAAGAAUAACAUUAUUAACCGUUUAUGACUAUGACUGGUAGGAUGUAAUCUUUGUUUAUUUUUUCCUAAUUAGUUUAUAAAGUAUGGCCAGGAGACCUAUCUAAUAAAGGGAAUAUUCGGUUUCAUA